CCAUUUAACUCAACUUUUGUUUUGACCUUUCUUUUUUACUUGGCUUUAACGUUUUAUAACGACCAAAAUCCACUUCUUGAUUGCUGUACAACAUUUUCUUUUGUUGGGGAUCCAUCUUUUCAGUUUCUGUUUGCAGAUAGCUGCCUCUUUCUUUUGCUUCAAACUAAGGUGAUCACAAAUUAUUGGCUGAUAAAAGUGCAUUUGUCAAUUUCAUUUUGGUACAGAUUGCUUCAUAGCUAUGGGGAAUGGAGAGUCUAGUUUUGAUCAUCCUCGCGAUGAUGUUUCGCAGCAGCACGCUUAUAAUGCAGCAACUUCAAUGGAGCAUCAUCACCAUCCACAUAGACAGCAACCCACAUACAUAGCUGACAAUUUCAACUCUCUAGAUCAGGUUAUUUCUGCACUAAGAGAAGCUGGUCUUGAAUCAUCGAAUUUGAUACUCGGCAUUGACUUCACAAAGAGUAAUGAGUGGACAGGCAGGCACUCAUUUCAUCGCAGAAGUCUUCAUGCAAUCGGCAACAUCGAAAACCCCUACGAACAAGCAAUCUCUAUCAUUGGCCGUACUUUGUCUCCUUUUGAUGAAGAUAAUUUGAUACCUUGUUUUGGAUUUGGAGAUGCAUCAACACAUGAUCAAUAUGUAUUCGGAUUUUAUCCUGAUCUUCGAUCUUGCCAUGGUUUUGAAGAAGCCCUCAGCAGAUAUAGAGAGAUUGUUCCAUUCCUAAAGCUAUCAGGGCCAACAUCAUUUGCUCCGAUUGUUGAUGCAGCAAUCGAUAUAGUUGAGAAUAGCAAUGGACAAUACCAUGUUCUCGUGAUCAUUGCAGAUGGGCAGGUUACUAGGAAUCCUGAUAUUCCACCUGGGAGGUACAGUCCACAAGAGGAAGCAACUGUUAACUCCAUCGUUGCUGCUAGCCAAUAUCCUCUCUCGAUAAUUUUAGUUGGAGUUGGUGAUGGACCUUGGGAUGCAAUGAAACAAUUUGAUGAUAACAUUCCCCACCGCGCAUUUGAUAAUUUCCAGUUCGUUAACUUCACAAAAAUAAUGAGUGAGAACACAGAAACAUCUAAGAAAGAAGCAGCCUUUGCACUUGCGGCCCUUAUGGAAAUUCCUUUGCAGUACAGAGCCACACAAAGUCUUCAUUUUGAAAAAGAAUCUGGAAGUCAUUUACAGAAAGGAUGCGUUCCUCGUACAAGGCCACUUCCACCUCCACGUGAAGUGAUUGACCAUGAUAAUGUAGUUAAGUCCAUCCCAACCUUCGAAGCAGUUGAAUCGACAGCUCCAGUGUGUCCCAUUUGCUUGACAAACCCGAAAGACAUGGCCUUUGGAUGCGGUCACUUGACUUGCAAGGAUUGUGGUGCAACUAUUUCAACUUGCCCUCUCUGUCGAAAGCCUAUAACUACACGCCUACGGUUGUUUACUUGAGUUGAGGCAUUGCUUCCUGUAGUUUGAUGAUCAAAAUUGCAAUAUGCCAAUACUUCAUCAAACUUUGUACACAUUUACAAUUCAUGUCAACUAUUUCUAUUUCUUUCAUUUCGCAAAUUAUUUCUGUUAUAAAUGGUACGCAAGUGUAUGAUGAUAUAGGUUUUGCUUAAUGACAUUAUCAAUAAAUGAAUAUGGUGUUGUAUUGUUA